AUGCAAGGUCACUGUCAAUUUGCCGAUGAUCUCAAGCCAAGAAAUGCUGUGUACAUCUCUGAGAUAGCCAUAGGCAUAAGGUGGUUUCAGACCGCCUCGAAGUUCGCAAGGCCCAAGUACCUGCGCUGUAUCACCAUCACAUGUUUCUUCUUGGCAGCUAAGAUGAAAGAGGAAGAUGAGAUGGUCCCUGCAACUCAGGACUUUGUACGUGACAGUCAGUGUGGCUGUACUGUGAGUGAAGUGCUUCGCAUGGAACGCGUCGUGCUCGACAAACUCAAGUGGGAGCUGAACUUCGUCAAUGGCUUGGACUUCCUACAGAUUUUCCAUGCUUUGUUGAUGACCCAACGCCCAACCCUACUGGAAGACCUGCACCAUAUGACCCCAUCUCGUCACCUCUCCAUGCUUACUGGCCGGCUGAGCCAGUGCAUGACCAACCAUCAGCUGGCCGCUUGCCGGGGCUCCACCCUGGCUCUGGCCAUGUUGAGCUUGGAAUUGGAGGUGUUAGCAGAGGACUGGUUGCCCCUUACUAUAGUGCUGCAGCGCAUGGUUGGGGUUGAUAACCAAUGGUUGAUUCGUAGCCGAGAGCUGAUAACCUUCACACUCUUCGGACACUCGGCUUCCCAUCGCAUGCCCAGCACACGCCCUAUAUCUCCCCCUAACCCCGUCUCAGCCCCAGUGGACAACUCCCAGAAAGCAACCCCCAACAAGGCCAAGCGCAAGAAAAGCGAGAUCCAUGAGAAUGUGUACGGCAACGUGAAGCGGCUCAUCGACAAGGAGUCUGACAUGACCUUGCCGACAUGUCCUGUCCCUGCAGCCAUCUCCACCCAGGGGGGCAAGGCCACUGUGACACCCCCUGGAUCCUGUGGGAAGGAGGUGCGCCAGGACGGGGACGAGAGUCUCCCGUCGUCCCACCCCCCUCUGACUUCCAUUCCAGUCACUUAAGGGUUUCACCUAUUGCAAAGCCAUAGCUUCACCUUCGUUUUACAUGUGAAAUGUCAGCCCAGAAGAUAUGUUUCUUUUGUAGGUCUUGUUUAUCAUGGCAUGUAUGAAAUGUUAUGUAACCAAAAAUCAAAUGAAACAUUGUGUAGAUAUAUUGUUUUUGAUGUAUGUAAAAAGUAAACUAAUAUAUUGAGAAAAAAAAAUGUAUAUGUGUUCUUUACUCUUGAUGUAAAGCCUACGUUUGUUGUAGACUUCCUUUGUAAGAAGAGUGCCUAGACCUUGUUUACCUAGCUUUUGCAUAUUAGCAGUGUACUGAUUUAGGUUUGAUGUAUAUAUUUUAACAGAUUAUUAUAAGAUGAAUAUUUCUUUGAAUUGUUAAGAAACAAUGGAAGGAUUGAAUGCUGUGAUAGUGGAGGGAAUUUGCUCUACAACAUGGCUGCAGAUCAAAGUAUAAGAUAUUACUGCUGCAUAACCUUUCUAUAGCCUGGUUUAUUCUUGUUUGUUAAAAAUUAUAUAAAUUAUGAACAAUUAACCUCACUUUUCCAUGGUUGCUCAGAGCCCAGUCUCAAACCAAAUUGAUCUUAUGCCUGUCAUUUCUCGAUGAUGCAAGCUGGCAAUCUUCACCUACGUCUCUAUCAUCAUCAGAGUUGCAAUUUUUUACCUUCUUGAUUUGAGUUUUGAUGAAUUUUUGAUCAUUUUGAAUUCUCUAAAAUUACUCAACCUUGAUACCGUCAACUGUAUUACAUCACCUAACACAUAUCAAUAGACUGGUAUGUGAUUAGAUGUUGCAAAUCAUAAUUUAUUGUCAAUAUUGGGCUGAAAUAGCCUCCAAAGGGGCGAGAGCUAUGUGCCAACUUUAUAUUUCUCACUGCGUGUUUGCAGUUUGAGUGUAUAUGUGUCGUACCGAUACCGUUUGUAUUCCAAGAUAAUACUUGUAAUAUCUCACAGACAGUAUUUUCCUCAUAUCUCCCUAAAGUGGCUUACUUGUAAUCUCUAAAGAUUCUGUGUAUAAUGGAUAUGAAUCAACCUUCAUUUGGACAUCGAUAUAUUUGUGCAAAUUGAGUCUGAGCUUUCAAAUAGCUAGCUUUUCACAUGUAGUAUCAGAAAACCUGACCAACCACUUCUGGCAUGUAGAUGGGUGAAUUACUUGUUCUCUGUGUAUGUCAUUCAAAUUCAUUGCAUAUGAGGAUAACCUACCUUGCUGUAACUAUGUAUGACACUUUUUCAACAAAAGAUUUAAAAGAGGAAAAGUCUGUAGAUAUAGUGACUUGUCUAUAGUGAAGAAUAAGAAUGUACGAGUGGAAUUCAAGAUCAAGCCAGUUUUAUACUUAUCAGGGAUAUUGCACUCAUGCAUGCACAAAGAGAUAAUAUGCUUUAGAUGUCUGUUGCUAUGUACACAUUGUACCAGUGUUUUUAUUGCUACAUUUUUGUCACGGCUAAAUUUAUGCUCAAGCACUUUGGUCUUGAUUUUGUCUUUGAUUUCUUGUGUCCAACUUGCACUUUUUGUUAUGUAAUUCAUGUGCUAUUGAUUUCUAAAUGUGUAUCUUGUUUGUGGUGCUGCUUAAAAUUCUAUUAUGAUCUAGACAUUCUUAACAUGUAGGUUGCCAUUUUUAUAAUCUAUCUGUACAGAUAAUAUGAAGGGUGAAAGUAUCUUUGUAUAGGCAUUUUAUGUAUGAUGUAUAAAUGUAAAAACAAGAAAAGGAAAAAAAUCUUAAAAUGUUAUUUAUUGUGUGUAUGGCUAUGAAGAUGUACUAUGUACAUGAUUUCUGUACAAUCAAGAAAGGACUGGAAGAAGACUACUUCCUAUUUUCCACCAAGUUAACGCCAAACAUUGAAAAAAAUACUAAAAAUUAUAGUUUGUAAAAAGUAUGCAAAAAAAGUCUUGAUAUUUCCUUGCCAUUAUGAUGUUUAAUUUAGCUUAUAUGUAUAUAGUUUUGUAUAAUUUAGUAGAGCAUAUUAUAUGGGUGCAAAAAGGAAAUAAAGUUAAUCUGUAAUAUGGUCAGGGAUUAAGACCUGCCAUUGAGAUUGUCAAGAUUUUUAACCGCUAAGUUCAAAAGGGAAUGAAGGAGAGGUAUGGUGAUUGAUCUCAUUUUCAAAGAUGGUCAUAAAGGUCUUUCGUUGUCGGUUAUACACUCUAUGUAUAGGCAGAAAUAUUUGCCCAUAUUUCAGACACUGCUCAUUUUGUUAUCAGGGAAAAUAAGCAGCGGAUGUCUGUACAUGUAUUUCUUGAAUGUCAUCAGUAUUCCCAGAUUAUGAAGCGUAAGAGUUCAAUCGGAGUACUCUGGUGUCAAAACGCUGUGGCUGGGGCUUUCCCUUUAAGAUAAGUUUGGUUAUGUCUUUGUUGUGUUUUAUUGCAAUAGAUAUUAUAUAUUUUUAUAUUGUGACUUUUGUGAGUCAAGAUUUUCAAAUACCACCAGGACUAAUGCCUGUCAUGGGUUUUUGUUUCUCUUCUGCCCAUAUUUUCACAAUUGAUAUUUUAAAAUGGUAGUUUUAUUAUUUACUUCUUUUGAUUAAUGGGGAUUAGAAAAAAGAAGUGCUUUUCUUAAUUUUAUUAUAGUAAAGAAAAUAAUGCAUUUUCAGUCAGGCUGGCUGCCUUUAUAAUGCAUAAGAUACAAGGCAGAUGAAAAUAGUUGACCAAUGAUGACAAGUGUAAUAUGCGUGGAUAUUUCUUUUAUUUAUAUCUUUAUCUUGGUUUUCUUAAAGCACAGAAAUUCAUAAAUCUGUCCUCUAGUGACAUGGUAAUUUUUUAGAGCAUUUUAUUUCAUAAAGAGGGAUAAUUAGGUAAAUCAUGAUUUGCCAAUGCCCUGUGUUUUAAGUUUCAACUCAAGAUACCUUUUGUUAAAUAUAUUAUAUAUCAGUUGAUUUAAUUAUUUAUUUACAAAAUAAAUAGGCUCAGUGUAUUCAAACUGUUCGUGCGGUAGGCUUAACAAAAUUAUUGUAAAGAGAUUUUGUUGGAUAUAUCUGUUUAUUGAUUUAGAUGUAGUACUGAGUAACUAAUUGUUUUAGAAUUAGUCGACAUUUGUUUGUUUAAAAAAAAUCGACACACAUGAACAGAUACAUUUUAUUGUACUGGUGUUCUUCUGGGCUGCUAUUUGGUAUUAUUUUAAUUUGUGACUACUGUGUGAUAUGUCAAUUGUCAAACAAGUUCCAAUAAUUGUGCACACACACAUGGUACAGACCAAGAUAUAUGCCUCCUGUUAUUCAAAGGUGUAUCCAAUACAGAUAAAUAUCUAUUAUUCUUAUAGAGUUAGGAAGAAACUUCCAUGCUCUUAUGACAGAAUUUUAUUCAAAGUGUACCUGAAAGCACUCAAGUUGUAAUGUUGAAUGAAUAUUUCAACUCUCUACAUGAUAUUUGUUUUUGUUUUCUUAAACUGACAUUAUUUUGUCUUGUGAAGGUAUUGUUGAUUUUCGUUUGGAAAUGAGGUACCAUGCCGCAAGUUAUUAAAUAUAGAAUGGUGUAGGAUCCAUACAGAAGAUAAAGAGAACAGGUACAGGAACUGAAAUAUCCUGUAAAGCUUGAUUGAAAACAAAUCUUGGAGUGAAGACUGCAUUUUUAUGCCGUCAUAUAAAGGAGACCAAAAUGAAAUGACAUUCACUGCAUGCAUUGAACAUCAACUUAAACAAUUGAUGAUCCAUAUGAAAACAGAUAUUUAUUCUAUACUCCUAUUCAUUGAAUAAUGAUUUCAAAUGCUUUUUGUUGUAAACUUAUCUUUCUCUGUAUAUCUAUUUCAAACUUACACCAGCGAUAUUUCAUUCAGAAGAGGAUUUUUUUAUGGCAGAAUAUUCUGAUUAUUAAAUGCCUCAAAUUGUGUUGUAUGAAAAAUA